CGAAUUGCUUAUGCAGGUGAUACUUAUAAACGCUUGCAGGCUACUGCUGCAACACAGCAAGCAAGGUUACCUUUGUCUCCAUCCCCGCGUGCCCCAACGAGGACGCGCAUACUACGCACGUUGCUUGCCUAGGUAGCAUAGAGAAGUUUUUACUACCACUGCGUCCAGACCAAUAGUAUAGCCCCUAUACACACACGUUCAUCGGGCGCAAUCUGUAGGGCUUCAGUUACAUCUUCACACGUGAACCCAGCACAGGAACCCUUUGGCGAACCCUUGACCCAUUUCUACCAAUUUCACUCCAAGCUGCUGCACCGGGAUGGACUUUGGCAGUUUUGCAGCAGAAUUCCAAGCUCUGUCCGAACUAAUCAAGGACUCAGAUGCAGAGUCCUCCUCCCAGCCCCCGCCCCCCGGCUCCGUGUCCCGCCCCACGCCGGGCUGCAUAGGGCCCCGGGAGCUGCUGGACGUCAGGGUACCCGCACCCAAAGCUCGCUCCGACCCCAAGGAGAUCUGGCGGGAGGAGGAGCUGCUGGCGGAUGCGGUGGAGGACGACUAUGAUGACGGGCGGGAGGUGCCCAGCUACGAGUUCCUGUACUGCCAGGCGGUCGACAGCGCCGACAACUUCCUGGGCAUGAGCGGCAAGGACCCCUCCUCCGCCUGCUGCGAGGACCUGGUGUGCAGGCUGGAGCUGCCGGGGGCGGAGGGGGCGGCGGAGCUGGAUCUGGAGGUGAAGGACACCUACCUAAAACUCAGCUCGCCGCAAUACAAACUGUCCAUACAUCUACCCCACAAGGUUGAUGGAGAACGAGGGAAGGCCAAAUGGGACGCUUCGAAGAAGGUCCUAUCAGUCACGAUGCGCAUCGUGCGAGAAGACCCGUUUUAGCUGUUGCAAGGCAACAGCCGCCAGCAUCUGAGUGGAGUUCGGACCUUCUUCCAUAUCGACACAGCCCUUGGAUGACGAUCGACCAACGACGACCCAGCGAUUAACCACAUAUGUUUAUGAGCGAGAGCUUGUGGCGAGAGAAGGGCGAAUGCUUAGGUUUGGAACAAGGGCCAACAAGUGGGCCCUUAAUAUGCGACAUAGGUAUACCUAUAUGGUAUAAUAUCUUAUAUAUUGGGGUGGAUGUGGCUUGAUCCUAGUCCUGUGAUGACGUGGAAGAUGGCUCGUACGUGUCGUGUCCACAUGAGCUAUAACCACUAAUUGCGGGCUGUCCUUCGUAACACCUGCGUUGAUCCUCUGUAAGACCGCAACUAAAGAGGUUUUACGCUUUUUUACAUUUGUUCUUCGCGAAGUUAAUAGUCUGUCCUACAUCAAGGCCUCUGGAAUGGAGACGCUUGUCGCUUCUCGCGAUGAGGCGCUUCGUAGAGCUCUGCUGGUUGCCAUACCGGUGGGAACUCAACUGAGCAAUAUUGGGCUCGACUCAAUAAGCCGAGCAGCCGACAGCACGCUGCGGCUAGCUACAUGGUCGGUCACGUCAGCUGUCCGGAAAGCAGGAGCCAGCGCUGCUUUCGUAAACCGGAACAUGCUUGCACCCCUCAGCAACUUCGCCUUCGGCGGCAGCAACAACUCCUCAACGAGCAAUGUUCACUUCUGCACACAAACCUGCCCUCAGCUGCUGCCAGACCAAGGCCGCAAGCACCACCCUUCGCGUUCAGAGAUAAGGUACCAACGCGUGGCCAGCAACCUGCGCUCAGGCAGCGCUAAGUGCUCCCUCCAACGCAACAACAGCCAACGGCAUUCCAACCACCAGCAACCGUCCAUCGCUGCCGCCGCCGCUCCCGCCCUAGCCCUGCUGGCAACCCACCUCGCCGCGUCAUGCGCGCUCCGACCCACAUCGCCCACAUCAUCGUCCUCACCAUCCAAGGAGCACCUGUCCGCGCCUUUCACAAUGCAGCAGCAGCAACAACAGCAGCAGCGGAUCAUGCUGGGCAAUGCGGCAGUAACGGUCACGGUGUUGGGUCAUGGCAGCAGCAGCCCCGGCGGCAAGUACGGCAGCGGCAGCUGCUUUAGCGAUGAAGCGGAGGCUGUGGAGUGGACGGUGAACACGCUGGGGCUGCAGAGCUCCAUGCUGUGAUGAGAGGGAGGAGAGGAUAGGGGGAGGCAGGUUUGCCUUGUUGUCCCUUGUCUUUAGGGGGUUGUGUUAAGGGGGCUGUAUAAUCAUAUUAUAUCCGUAUCCCGGUGGGCCAACCAGGGUGCUGGGCACGUCCGCGAUCCUCCUUGUUAGGAUAUGGAGGCGGUCAUGGAUGCUGAAUGUGAGGAUGCGUGUGUGGGUGUGUGGGUGUUUUGUGUGCGGUGGAGUGGGGGUUAACGAGCAAUGGCUACUUACUACCAGCUACCAUAGUUGCCGUUAUCGCCAUAACUGCCAUCGCCACGGUGUUCACCCGGUUGAGAAGGAUCUGUGUUCAAGUUGGGGUUGUUUUUCAAGUUGUCGGAACACUGGAUUGGGAUACUAGGACGUGAAGGGGACGGCAGAAGCGUGAUGCGGCGCGAGUUGCAGGGCUGCUCCUGGUUGGGCGCGAUACCCCGAUUGUAUCCCCCAAGCUGUGAAACACACGCGUGUCUUGUGCGUAGCUUGCUAGCUGCUCCUGAAAGAGGAAAGGGGUUGGGAUAUCCCUCUGCUGCUGGCCUGCCCCGGUUGCUGCCAUGCUGCCGGCGGGGUAACUAACGGCAACCUGCGCUUACUAUGUACUACACCACUUGUUGAGCUGUUCUGGAUUGCGAUUUGAGUAUUUAGGCUUCAUUAUCUUGCCUGGGUGGUCUAGGCGCCUGAUCUGCUGCUUGCUGCUUGCAUUUUAGCUGCCGCCCGGGCAAAACACAUUAUUUCCGUCGCCGUUGUUGUUGUGUUGCGUGUAUGUGGUUAUGUGUGCGCUUUGGAUGCAGCUGCAAGCGGGCUUAUAGAAUGGAUAUACACACACACGCUCUCAUGGUCAGACAUGUCAUUCGCCCGCUUUGCGCUGUACCCCUCAUUCAAUUCGACGACACGUGUAUGUGUACCCUUGAAAUUGAUCGUAGGCUGUGUGCUCCCGUACCGUUCCUGUCAUGUAUAUCAGUUGGGGGAGGGCUGUGUUGUGACGCUCAUGAGAGGGGAUCCUUGCUUUGUCGCUGGUUGGGGUGAGCGGCGAAUGCCUGAACAGGGCUGGAAGCAUAUGGCUGAAAGCCGUGAAAGGAUGCGUGGGGGCUGCUGCUGUUGUGGCGCUGCUAUAUAUAAUAUACUGUACUGUACUGUAGAUGGUUGGCUGCUCGUUCGUUCUUCACAAAAGCGUAUAAAACAUUUUGUAUGUUCUACCGACGGCACCGUUGCCACGCGGACCGUUGAAGAUUGAGUCGAAAGGGGGCAUCGAACGUUGAAGCACGCUCAGAUUUCAGCACGCUCGUAUUAGUUAUAGUUGAUUUUUAGGAGGGUUAAGGCAUGGCAUGGCUGUGUUUGGACAAGCCGUGGAGGAUUCAGUCGUAUGUGUAACUUUGGGUCCGCGG